AUGAAGGUUGUAGUUGCAAUUAGCUUCCUCAUUCUAUGCCAGAUUAAAGCUAUUUCUAGCUGCCAUCAACUUGACCACCAAACCCUCCUAUCUUUCCACCACCACAUCUCAUCCUCUCCUCUCAACUGGUCUCCAUCUACUAAUUGCUGUCAAUGGCAAGGCAUACACUGCACCAACCAUCAUGGCGUUGCUCGAGUCACGCAUUUAUGGUUGCCGGAAAAGCAUCUCUCCGGUACCAUUACCCCCACUCUUGGAGACCUACCUUUUCUUGCUCACAUCAAUCUCUCCCAUAACCAACUCUCAGGCCCUUUCCCCCACAUCCAAACACUCCAAACACUAGAUUUGAGUUUCAACCAUUUUUCUGGUCCACUUCAGCUCUCUCUACCACCCUCAAUCCAAACCUUAGAUAUAUCCAGCAAUCACUUCAAUGGCUCAUUCCACCCUUCAUUCCUCCAUCACACAUUCAAUCUCAUCAGCUUCAACAUCAGUAACAACACUUUGAGAGGCUCCAUUCCUUCUAAUAUUUGCAACACCUCCCAACUAGUUAAAAUCUUGGAUUUCUCCAUGAAUCAAUUCACUGGCCCUAUAUCUCCUGGCCUCGGACAAUGUUCAAACCUCCAAGUUCUCAGAGCCGGCUCCAACUCUCUCUCGGGUCCGCUUCCACAAGAUCUUUACAACGUGAAAACGUUGAAGGAAAUCUCUCUUCAUGAUAACCAGUUCUCAGGGCUCAUCAGCAACACCAUUGUUGAACUUUCAAACCUCACCACCAUGGAGUUUCAUGCCAAUCAACUUAGUGGUGAGAUACCUCGAAGAAUUGGAUUGCUUAACAAUUUGGAAACACUAGUCCUCCAUAACAACACCAUCAAUGGCACUCUCCCUCCUUCUUUGAUGAACUGCACCAAACUAAAAACUCUGGUGGUGAGAGACAACCACCUUGAAGGAGACAUUACUCCCCUUGACUUCUCCAAACUCCAUCACCUGCAAGUCCUUGACCUCAGCGGCAACGCCUUCACUGGUAACAUCCCACACACUGUGUGCACCUGCAGCUCACUCACCGCCAUUGGUCUGUCACGCAACCGACUAGUUGGUGAGGUUCCACCUUGCAUGGCCUCUCUGAAAUCUCUCCAACACCUAGCUCUUGCAAAGAACAAUCUCUCCAACGUCCUCGUUGCUUUAAAGACCCUCAGCCACUGCCACAAUCUCGCCGUCUUGAUCAUGAUGGGCACCUUCCAAGAUGAGAUGAUGCCUGAUGACAGUACCCUUGGAGUUGGCUUCCACAGCUUGGAGAUUCUUGCUCUAGGAAACUGCUCUUUGCAAGGCCAUAUCCCUUCCUGGAUUGCGAAGCUCAUGAAACUGAAAAGAUUAGUUUUAUACAAAAACAGGAUGACUGGAACAAUCCCAAGCUGGUUGGGAGCUAUGCCAAGCCUUUACGCUCUCAACCUCACCGAAAACCAGCUAUCCGGACACCUCCCACCGCAGCUCGGCCUCAUGCCAGCUCUGCUGUCCGAAAGCAACACCUCCUCCGACAUGAGCUAUCUGCAGCUGCUGUUUCUAAUAGACGGGAACUGA